UUAGGUAAAGAGGAAAAUAAAAGGAGUUUCGUUGUUGUGACAAGUUUAGAUAAGAGGAAACUGUUGUGAAAAUGGGUCGCGUUCUUUUGUUUAUUUUAUUUGUGCUUGUGGAUUACGGAUUGUGCUUUGUGAAUCUUGCAGAUGUAGAAUGCGGAAUACAUUCGGCGAGGAAUGCUAGGAUUGUAGGUGGAAGUGAUAGUUCCCAUGGAGAGUUCCCCUGGGCGGCCAGUCUGUGGAGACAGGGAACCCACCAGUGUGGAGCUACAAUCAUCAGCGACAGGUGGCUCCUCACAGCUGGCCACUGCGUCUGCAGUGUUUUUGAUGAUUUCUAUAAGGCAAAGCAGUUGACAGCUGUAGUCGGUUACACGGACAUCUCUACAAAUGAAAGGAGAGAAUCGUUGUCCCAAAUCAUUCCACAUCCCGAAUACAGGUGUAAAAAGAAGACCAACGAUGUAGCGUUACUAAAAACUAUAAAACAGUUGGUGUGGACCAGUGAAUUACGCCCAGCUUGUCUACCUCAAGCUAUAUCUCCAGACUACAGUGGUCGAGCAGCCAUCGUCGCAGGAUGGGGAUUUACAAACGAGAACAGAGAAAUUGGUACACGACCAAACAUUCUGCAAAAAACCGAUGUAAUAGUUGUUAACAACAAUGAGUGUAAUGACUGGUACAAAUCCAAAGGUAGCAAGAUAAAUGUAGUCGGGACUCAAAUGUGUGCGGGAUACGAAACUGGAGGCAGAGAUUCUUGCUGGGCUGACAGCGGCGGUCCACUCAUGCUGAAGGGCGAUAAAGGUCACACUAUGGUAAUCGGGGUAGUAUCAACAGGAAGCGGAUGUGCAAGAGCUAGGAUGCCCGGUAUCUACACAAGAGUAUCGAGAUUCACUGAAUGGAUUCAGCAGAGCGUGACUGAUACGAGAAGCGUAAGAUGGUUUCCUAGACGAGUUUAGAAACCUAAUAGAAAAACGCUAAUAUAGAAUAUAAUUUCCAAAAAAAACCUCAAAAGUAACAAGAAAAAAUAAGUCUUGUCUACUAGAUGAAAAAUGUGAAUACUAUUUUAGUGAAUCUGAAUCUGUUAUUUGGCUCCAUUAAUGUCAGAUAUCAUAUUUUUGCUACUGAAAAUGUAUAAUAGUAGAGAUAAAACAAAGAGAUAAACAAAAAAAUUAUGCCCCUUAUAGCACAUUAUCUGUACUUCAG